AUGGAUUCUGCAGAGGUUUGGGGAGAGGAGGACGGGGUGACCGCCGAGGUCUCUAACUUCAGCGCUGGGGAGCUCCGCAUGAGAACCUCUUUGGUUGACUCAGAGCUCAAAUACUUCAAAAGUGAAGCCAACAAGCUCAAGUUCGAGCUCAACAAUAUGCAGGAGAGAAUAAAAGACGCCAUCGAGAAGAUUCGACUGAACAAACAGCUACCUUAUCUGGUUGGCAGCGUUGUUGAGCUGUUUGAUAAUGAAGAAGAGGGAGAGGAUGAUGGGGCUGCAACAGACAUCGACUUGCAACGAAAGGGAAAGUGCAUAACUGUCUUUCUGCCUGUUAUUGGCCUUGUGGAGGCCGACCAGCUGAAGCCAGGAGACCUGGUUGGUGUCAACAAGGACUCUUACCUAGUGCUGGAUAAGCUACCUGCUGAAUAUGACGCGAGGGUGAAGGCAAUGGAGGUUGAUGAACGGCCCACAGAAGAAUAUAGUGAUGUUGGGGGCCUCGACAAACAAAUUCAAGAGCUCAUUGAAGCCAUUGUUCUCCCCAUGACUCACAAGGAGCGCUUUGAUAAAAUCGGCAUUCGGCCGCCCAAAGGAGUUCUGAUGUACGGCCCUCCGGGGAGCGGGAAAACGCUACUUGCUAGAGCAUGCGCUGCCCAGACCAAGGCGACCUUCCUAAAACUGGCAGGACCGCAGCUCGUUCAGAUGUUCAUAGGCGACGGUGCAAAGAUGGUUCGAGAUGCCUUCGAACUGGCAAAGGAGAAAGCUCCGGCAAUCAUAUUUAUUGAUGAGCUAGAUGCUAUCGGUACCAAGCGUUUCGACAGCGAGUUGUCUGGUGAUCGCGAAGUGCAACGAACAAUGUUGGAGCUGCUCAAUCAGCUUGACGGAUUCAGCAGCGACGACCGCAUCAAAGUUAUUGCAGCGACAAAUAGACCGGACGUUUUGGACCCUGCACUGCUUCGCUCGGGCCGACUUGACAGAAAGAUCGAGCUGCCACAUCCCAACGAAGAUGCGAGGGAGCGCAUUUUGCAGAUUCAUGCAAGAAAGAUGACCGUCAACAAGGCUGAUGUGAACUUCCGGGAGCUCGCUAGAAGUACGGACGACUUUAACGGCGCGCAGCUUAAAGCUGUUUGCGUUGAAGCUGGCAUGAUUGCCCUCCGCCGGAACGCGUCCGAGCUACAGCACGAGGACUUUGUGCAGGGAAUCGCUGCCGUACAAGCUAAAAAGAAGUCGAGCCUAAACUACUUCACCUGA